AUGAAUUCAGAAUAAAACCCUAGCUAAAUAUUCUCCCCAAAGGAAGAAAGUGUUUCUUCAAAUUAAAAGCUCAAGGCUUCAACCUAAAAAAAUAGGAUCAGAAAAUUCAGAACAGAAGAUUUUUCUCUUAAAAAAAAACUAUAAAAUCAAACAUUUUAUGGAAAAUUCAAAGUGAUAUGCAAAGGAAUGCAACAAUAUAUCUAUGUUCUAUUAGAAGAUCCGAAUUCCUCUGCUAUUGCUUAUAUAAUAUAAUUCUUAUUGCUAACAAGCAUUUUGUUAUCAUGUGUAGCCAUAAUUGUUGAUUCCUUAAUGGAAAAUGGUAUUUUAACAUUUUAAUUACUAAUAGAGAAUAAUUAAGAAUAUGAUAACAUUUCAUUCUAUCUAGAAUAUUACUUAUUCAUAUUCUUUGGAUCAGAAUACUUUUUAAGAAUGUUCAGUUCAACUGCUUUUGAUUCAACUUUCACUCGAUUUAUUCUAUCCCCACUAAACAUUAUUGAUCUGUUUGCCAUCACUCCCUUUUUGUUUAAUUUGAUAUUUGAAGGAGCUAAUCUUUCUGGAUUGAGAGUCAUCAGAAUCAUUAGAUUCAUGAGAGUAUUUCGAUUAUUUAAAUUAUCUCGAUUUAUUAAGGAUAUGUUGAUGAUUGUAAUUAUUAGCAUCACUUAAAAAGGUAGACACGGUUAGGCAUUCACUUAAGGAUAUUCUUAUAUUGAUAACCAUGUUUUUGUUCCUUGUGUUAUUUUUUUCAAUUAUAGUAUAUUAUUUGGAAUUCAAUGACAAUAUUGAAAUUAAUGAUGAAUAAAAAAUACAAUCAAUAUCAGAAGCAAUUUGGUGGUGCAUCGCUACAAUGACAACUGUUGGAUAUGGAGACAAAUUACCAUUGAGUUUAUCUGGUAAAUUUAUUGCCUGUAUUGCUGCAUUCUUUGGGAUCACAUCUGUUUCAUUGUAAAUCGUCAUUAAAUUAUAGGCCUGUUGCUGUUAUGGGAAUGAAUUUAACUUAAACUUUAAGAAUUUCAGAAGAGAACAAUGAAAUUGUAAAAAUAAAAGAAUAAUUUGCUGUAAUAGAUUCAAAUCCAAAUUUGCAAGAUUAACAAACUUUAAAUCUCAAAGAAUUGAAGUUCAUGGAAAGGCGACUAGAAUAAUUAUUGGAUAACAAUUAAAAGGUCAUGGAUUUUGUGGCAUAAUCUUAGGAUUUGUUUGAUGAAGUUACAUAGGACUUAAUGAGUCUCUAUUCGGCCUUAACUGAAUAAUUGGAUCUCCAUAUUGAAACUAAAAUUAAGAAUCUAAAAGCAAAACAUAGAGUAAUUAAAUUUUUAUUAAAUAAGAUUAUGAAAAUGGAGAAAAAUCUUAAUUAGAAAAAAUCAAUAGAAUUGAGUUAAGUAGUCAAGGCUUUUAAAGAAAAGUAGUAGAUGAUAUCUUAGCAAUCAAUCUUAAUGUGUGAAGAAAGCUAAGCCGAUCUUUUCAGUAUUGCAAGUAGAUAGAGCAGAUCUUUUAUACUUAAAAAAAGUGAAAAAUUAAGAAGCAAAAAUAACAAAGGUUCUUAUAUGUGUAUAAUAAAUAAUAAUAACAAUAAUAAUAACAAUAUUCAUAAUAGUGUUCACAACCCUUUUAAAACUUAAACAGAUAUAAAUGAUAACCCUGAUCCACAUAAUAACAGCAUAAUUUAUGCCUAAAUUGGUUCUAAGAAUUCAGCCAUCUAAAAUGAUGUCUUAUAAAAUUUAAAAGGAAAUGCUGAAUUCAAAUUUAAUUUAGAGGAUUCGAGUGGAAAUAUUGAUGAAGAAAGCAAUAAUAAUGAGAACGAUUUAGAUUGCAAAAUGCAAAGCCUCUCAAAUAUCUAAGAUGUUCGAUUGAAAAAUAGUAUAAAAAAUAAUAUUAAAUGA